AUGACAGGUUCUGGUUCUCCUUGUGGUGCCUGCAAGUUCUUGAGAAGGAAAUGCUUUAGCGGUUGCGUUUUUGCACCUUACUUCUGCCAUGAACAAGGUGCUACCCACUUCGCAACCAUCCAUAAGGUCUUCGGGGCAAGCAAUGUGUCGAAAUUGCUCGCUCAACUCUCCGCCAGUGGCCGAUGCAGAGCUGCGCUUACGAUCUUAUAUGAAGCUCAAGCUAGGGUUCAAGAUCCUAUUUAUGGCUGUGUUUCCCAUAUUUUUUCUCUCCAACUACAGAUUAUUAGUUUAGAAGCACAACUAGCUUCAGUCAAGGAACAAACAGCUAGAGGCUAUUCCAGCAAUAAUUUCCAAGGUUGGCUUCAGUCGGAAAAUUCAAACACAUUGAUGCCACAAAGUGCGAUUAACGAAUCAAUGACACCAAUAUAUUCCGGAAACAAGAACCCCAACUCUUUCGGGGCUAACGAAAAUUUCAUGAUUCCAGGAGUACUAAAUGACAUGUACGGAAGCUACGGAGAGUCUUAUAAUUCCAUGUGUUCAUUAGACAUGCAAAUGAGCAAUAUGUCAUGGGGUUUUGAUCAAGAUCAUGACUGA